ACCGUUUCGGUGACCACUGCCGACGGCAACCGCAUUACAAUCGACGAUUUGGUUGACUUAUACCGAGAUUUUGCCAAAACUCCGAUUCCUAUCUCCGGCCGACUUUCUGUCAGCGAUAAUGAGAGACAAAAGGAUUUACGAAUUGAUUGGAAAGUCCGAGAUAUGGAUCGCUUGGAAGCGACCAAACAUACGACCCAUCACUCCAUCAAACUAUCCAAAGAUGGGAUGACUGUUAAACACAUCACAACUGUUGGCCAACCCUUGGAUGUGACCAAUGAUUUGGCCACAACUUCGAGAGCAAAGGGAUCUCAUUAUAUGGCAGUCGUCCGCAAAGGAGCCAAAGACCCGGAAUCGGGAAAAACUAAACAAUGGCUCGAAAUAUGGGAUAAAACGACAAAAGUUAAGUCAAUAGACUUGGACUCAUUGGAUGAACACUCGGCUCUCGUAUUAGAUCCNGAUCCACAGCUCAGUAACAUAUUGUGGUCACCGAAUGGCAAACAACUACUAUAUGUCGCCGAAUAUAAACCACCGAAACCUCAGUCUUAUUACAAGAAAGUGAACAAAAAGUCAGAGAAUUCAGGCAAAGAACCGGAUUCAAGGGGUCAGGAGUUUGUGUACAGAGAGGAUUGGGGCGAAUGUUUUGAUGGCAUCAGUCAUACAGUCAUUGGUAUUCUCGAUGUCGACAAAGACUUCAAAAUACAAACCAUUGAAAAGAGUGGUUACUCUUUGGGUCAACCCUUUUGGAUCGGAAACGGAGAUCAGAUUGGAUUCGUUGGUUGGGCUGAAGAGCCCAGACGUUUAGGGAUAACCUUUUGUCCAAAUCGUUUGAGUUCUAUAUUUACAAUGGAUUUGAAAACUGAAGACUCUGUUCCACAAAUAAUUUGUGGUACAGAAAACUCAAGCAUCAGAAACCCGCGGCCACUGACCGACGGAACGGGUUUUGUGUAUUUGGAGAACACGAGAGGCGGAGCUCACGAUCAGGCGAGUCGACUAUUGAGGUAUACUUUUGAGGCCAAAACUUCUGAAAUUCUUAUCGACACGAAUGGCGUCCGAGAGAUAAUAGACACCGAAAGUGGUCUCAAAUACGGAAAAAUAAGCACUUUAUUCGCUGAAGAGAUAACAGAAAACUGUUUCACUUCUGACGGAAAGUAUUUAGUAUUGAAUUGUUUUACUGAACUUCAAUUAGUCCUCUGUUUGUUUGAUCUGAAAACCAAACAAUUGAUUCCAAUUGAGUUUCCGCUGCCAUCCAUUCAAGUCCUGGAUCUGAACGACAAUGUCUUGAUAGCCGUCGGCUCUGCGCUCAACACUAAACCCAAUAUAUUUGUCGGUAAACUUAAUUAUAGCGAUAAUACAAAACCAUGGGUUGAGUGGAAGGAAAUAAAGACUAAUCCAAGCGAUUCGCUGAAAGACAUAUCGGUUGACAACUAUUGGAUUCCUAGUGAAGACCCGAAGAAACUUUUAACUGCUUUUCUGGUCAGUCCUAAAGCGGUUGAAUCACAGCCGACGGCCACUGUUAUUCUACCUCACGGGGGACCUCACGGCCAGUUUUUCAACACCUAUAUGUCAUAUCCCGCUCUAUUAGCAAGAAUUGUCAACUACAGAGGAUCUCUUGGCGUCGAUGACAACUAUGUGAAUGAUCUGAUCGGACACGUGGGCGACAAAGAUGUCCGCGAUGUCGUUCACUGCGUUCAAUAUUUGAGUGACAAAAGUCUUAUCGACUCAUCGAAACUGGUUCUGUGGGGCGGAUCUCACGGCGGCUUUUUGGUCGCACAUCUGAGCGGACAGUACGCGCACAUGGAUUUCAAGGCUUGCAUUUCCCGCAAUCCCGUAACAGACUUGGCAUCGAUGCCCGACGCCACUGAUAUCCCCGACUGGUGCUCUACAGAGGCAUUCGGCGACUCAAAGCCAUUUGCUUUCGACACCCCAUUAGACCCGAACUCAUUGAAAGAAAUGCUCGAGAAGUCGCCCUAUAAAUGGGUCGCAAAUGUAAAGGUGCCCACACUUAUGAUGUUAGGCAAACGUGACCGUCGGGUGCCGUGGACUCAGGGUCUCAAAUACUAUCGCUUACUUAAAGCUCGUGGAGUGAAGACCCGGUGCCACGUAUACGAUGACAAUCACGGCCUGCAAAAGACAUCACUGAAGCGCCACUCGUUUGUUCGCGAAAUGUCGCCAACGCUUCGACUCGAUGUCAAUCACACCGUUCCGGUAAUCACUGCUCACAACCGACAGACUGUAAUCGACGAUUUGGUUGACUUAUACCGAGAUUUUGCCAAAACUCCGAUUCCUAUCUCCGGCCGACUCUCUGUCGGCGAUAAUGAGAGAGAAAAGUGUUUACGAAUUGAUUGGAAAGUACGAGAUAUGGAUCGCUUGGAAGCGACCAAACAUACGACCCAUCACUCCAUCAAACUAUCCAAAGAUGGGAUGACUGUUAAACACAUCGCAACUGUUGGCCAACCUUUGGAUGUGACCAAUGAUUUGGCCACAACUUCGAGAGCAAAGGGAUCUCAUUAUAUGGCAGUCGUCCGCAAAGGAGCCAAAGACCCGGAAUCGGGAAAAACUAAACAAUGGCUCGAAAUAUGGGAUAAAACGACAAAAGUUAAGUCAAUAGACUUGGACUCAUUGGAAGAACACUCGGCUCUCGUAUUAGAUCCACAGCUCAGUAACAUAUUGUGGUCACCGAAUGGCAAACAACUACUAUAUGUCGCCGAAUAUAAACCACCGAAACCUCAGUCUUAUUACAAGAAAGUGAACAAAAAGUCAGAGAAUUCAGGCAAAGAACCGGAUUCAAGGGGUCAGGAGUUUGUGUACAGAGAGGAUUGGGGCGAAUGUUUUGAUGGCAUCAGUCAUACAGUCAUUGGUAUUCUCGAUGUCGACAAAGACUUCAAAAUACAAACCAUUGAAAAGAGUGGUUACUCUUUGGGUCAACCCUUUUGGGUCGGAAACGGAGAUCAGAUUGGAUUCGUUGGUUGGGCUGAAGAGCCCAGACGUUUAGGAAUAGUUUUUUGUACAAAUCGCUUGAGUUCUAUAUUUACAAUGGAUUUGAAAACUGAAGACUCGAUUCCACAACUGAUUUGUGGUACAGAAAACUCAAGCAUUAGAAACCCGCGGCCACUGACCGACGGAACAGGUUUUGUGUAUUUGGAGAACAAAAGUGGAAGUACUCACCGACAGGCGAGUCGACUAUUGCGGUAUAGUUUUGAAUUAAAAACAUCUGAAAUUCUUAUCGACACGAAUGGCGUCCGAGAGAUAAUAGACACCGAAAGUGAUCUCAAAUACGGGAAAAUAAGCGCUUUAUUUGUUGAAGAGAUAACAGAAAACUGUUUCACUUCUGACGGAAAGUUUUUAAUAUUGAAUUGUAUUACUGAACUUCAAUUAGUCCUCUGUUUGUUUGAUCUGAAAACUAAACAAUUGAUUCCAAUUGAGUUUCCGCUGCCAUCCCUUCAAGUCUUGGAUCUAAACGAUAACCUCUUGAUAGCCGUCGGCUCUGCGCUCAACAGUAAUCCCAAUAUAUUUGUCGGUAAACUUAAUUAUAGCGAUAAUACAAAACCAUGGGUUGAGUGGAAGGAAAUGGAAACCAAUUCACGCGAUUCGUUGAAAGACAUAUCGGUUGACAACUAUUGGAUUCCCAGUGAAGACCCGAAGAAACUUUUGACUGCAAUUCUGGUCAGUCCUAAAGCGGUUGAAUCACAGCCGACGGCCACUGUUAUUAUGCCACACGGGGGACCGCAUUCUCGCUAUGCAAACACAUAUAUGAUUAAUCCGUCUUUAUUAGCGAAGAUUGGAUUAAAGACAUUACUCGUCAAUUACAGGGGAUCCAUAGGAGUUGACGAAGACUAUGUGAAUGAUCUGAUCGGACACGUGGGCGACAACGAUGUCCGCGAUGUCGUUCAUUGCGUCAAAUAUUUGAGUGACAAAAGUCUUAUCGACUCAUCAAAACUGGUUCUGUGGGGCGGAUCUCACGGCGGCUUUUUGGUCACACAUCUGAGCGGACAGUACGCGCACAUGGAUUUUAAAGCAUGUGUGGCUCACAACCCAGUUGUGGACAUAUCAUCAAAAUUUGACGGCACAGACAUUCCCGACUGGGGUUAUAUUGAAGCGUUUGGUAACGUUAAGCCAUUUUCUUUCGACACCCCAUUAGACCCAAACUUAUUGAGAGUGAUGUUCGAGAAAUCACCCAUCAAUUGGAUAUCAAAGGUAAAAGUGCCGACACUUAUGAUGUUAGGCAAACGUGACCGUCGGGUGUCGUGGACUCAGGGCCUCAAAUAUUACCGCAUACUUAAAGCUCGUGGAGUGAAGACCCGGUGCCACGUAUACGAUGACAAUCAC